AUGUCCUCAACAGUCCUGGUGAUAUUCUUUGCAACUAUAAUAUUUGCAUCUGUCUCCGAGUAUGAAGCAAGAAACUUACCUAACGAUGUUUUUGCUGAUGAAGUAGACUGUACGAUCAAUGACCGAUCAGGCCAUGUACCUGGUGUUUGCGUUCUAAAAUAUGGCCGAAACGGUGGUUUAGGAGUACCGUUUUGCCGAGCUUUGGAUGGCAACUUAACUGAACUGUCUUGUGAGUGCAUAAAACAUUUCCGUCGUAAAUUACAGCAUUUCAACGAUUCUAUCUAUCGAGGCUACUGUACAGCAGAAAAUUUUGUUAAAAUUAACCAAGAGCAAAGCAUUGAAUGUUUUGUGGGAAAGGAUGGUUCAUAUAAAGUGCAAAAGUGUGAACGAUCAAUUGCCAGCAUAAAUAAACAAAACAAUAUGUGCUUAACAAUUCGUGCUGAGGAAGGAACCACAUUUGGUAAGCUACUCAAUUAG